AUGACCGAAUAUAAGCUCGUCGUCGUCGGUGCUGGCGGCGUGGGCAAAAGUGCGUUGACAAUUCAAUUGAUUCAAAAUCAUUUUAUUGAUGAAUAUGAUCCAACAAUUGAGGAUUCAUAUCGAAAACAAGCUGUUGUUGAUGGUGAAACAUGUUUACUUGAUAUUCUCGAUACAGCUGGUCAAGAAGAAUAUAGUGCUAUGCGUGAUCAAUAUAUGCGUGGAGGUGAAGGUUUUCUAUGUGUAUUCGCCGUUAAUAGUGCAAAAUCAUUCGAAGAAAUAAAACAAUAUCGUGAACAGAUAAAACGUGUUAAAGAUGCAGACGAUAUUCCGAUGGUUUUGGUGGGAAAUAAAAUUGAUUUACCAACACGUACAAUUGAUUUAUCAUAUGCAAAAGACUUCGCAUCAUCAUUAUCUAUGCCAUUUGUACAAACAUCAGCUAAAACUCGACAAGGUGUUGAAGAAGCAUUCUAUACACUUGUACGAGAAAUAAGAAAAUAUAAGGAACGUACACGUAAAGAUCGUAAAGGUCGAAAGAAUAAAAAUGGUAAUGGUACAAGUGGUGGUGGAAAUAAAUCUUCAAUAAAAGAUGGUCGUGGUCAAAGUGGAAAACGUAGUGGAAAACGAAUGUUAAUUGUCAAUAUGGAGACAACCACAACAACAACAACAGAAACAGUUUCACCAGCAAAUAUUGAAUUAGAAGAAAAAAAACCUAAUGGAUUAGCUGUAAAUAUUGAAAAUAAACGAACGCGUUUUCGAAGUCCGAUAAGACAUAUCUUUAAAUCGAGAAAAGAUGAUGAUAAACUACCACCAUAUUAUCGAUUUCCAGAAGAAAAACAAUAUACUGAUUUACAAUUUAAAGAAACACCAACUAAAAUACCUAUUCAUGCUAUAGUAUUGGCUAUUGCUCUGUUUCUUAUUGGUUCAGUGAUGAUAACAUUAGGUGCACUGAUGUUAACUGGUCGUAUUGAAACACAAUAUAGCGAUCGUACAUGGCCGUUGAUUCUUAUUGGGACAUUAGUUUUUCUACCUGGAUUUUAUCAUUUACGUAUUGCGUAUUGGGCCUGGAAAGGUGAUAAAGAUUUCUCAUUUGCUGAUAUACCAGAUCUUGAUUGAUUGCAUUUAAAAAUGUGUAAGAAAGUUGAUUGUACUCAGUGUGGAAAACCAACAUGGGCAGGCUGUGGUCAACAUAUUGAAACAGCAUUAGAAGGUGUUCCUGUUGAUGAACGAUGUAAAUGUUCAAAAGAUAAAACAGAAACUUCAACAUCAACUCAACCAGCCAAACAAGAUUAG